AGAUAUUUUGCAUGUGUAUGUGCUUGUAGCAAAUACAAUCUUGAUUUCUGGAUUCUGGAGCAACCCAAUGGCCUAAUUUGGCACGUCAAGGAAAAUCGUGGACUCCCUUUAGAGUCCAUCCAUUGGGUGACAAGAAUUAUACAUGCUAACAUGUUCUUUGGGUUGAUUUCCUGGGGGCGUCAGUUCACGCCUACUUUGCGGCCCCUUCCUCUGUGCCGGGGUCUGAUCUCCGGUCCCACUGACAAAAUAUUGGGUUAUCCGGAGGGCAAACAUUUUCGAAAAGAGUAUCCCUGCAAGCCCAAACACAAAGACGGCCAUCACAAAAAUUUGCCCGGAUUAGGAGUUGAAGCUUUCAAGCACAAACCCGUUCAAGAUUGGUACAAGUGGGACGGAUUCGGUCCCUACAAAGUGCGAUCCCACAGUUUUCCCAACAACAUCACCCUUCGCGAUCAUCAACGGCGCCGCAUUUUUGCUCAACACGCGGAAAAACGCAAUCUUAUCAAUUGCAUCCGAAAGGCCGACCUUUUACCCCGUGAGAUCCGGAAAGUGGCUGACAACGAGAUUCAGGGCGUGCCUCGAGACUCGUCCAUCACCCGAUUGAAUCGCCGUUGCACCCUCACGGGUCGACCUCGAGGCGUGUUCCAUCAAUUCCGCGUGAGUCGCAUGAUCUUCAGGGCUGAAGCGGACUACAACAAGAUCUCCGGAGUUCAACGGGCCCAUUGGUUAAAGGGCAUUGAUAUCAAGCCCUAA